AUGGCUCCUGCAAAACAUUGGAAAUAUCCGAAGAAUGAAGACAUCGUCUUGACUGCACUCAAAGGCUUGGUAGCUUCGAACCCCAACAUCAGCUUCAUUCCUUCGGAAAAGGUCGUAUUUGUUCCAAAUAAAAAUAAGAAAGUUGCUGUCAUAAGCGGAGGAGGCGCAGGUCACGAACCGCUCCACUCCGGCUUCGUGGGAAAUAACCUUCUCGAUGCUGCAGUGUCUGGAGCCAUAUUCGCAUCUCCUUCCACUAAGCAGAUCAUGGCUGCCGUCAAGGCCACCGCAGAUAAAGAAAGAGGUGCGGUGAUUAUCGUCAAAAACUACACGGGGGACGUCUUACACUUCGGGCUUGUUGCUGAAAGAGCCAAGCGCGAUGGCUUUAACGUUGAGUUGGUGAGUGUAUCAGACGAUGUCGCUGUUGGAAGAACCCAAAAUAAAAUGGUGGGGAGACGAGGCCUUGCUGGAACUGCAAUUGUACACAAAGUCGUUGGUGCGGCAGCUGCUACAGGUGCUACUUUGCCUCAAGUAGCUGAAUUAGGACGCAGGGUAAAUGACUCUUUGGUGACAAUGAGUGCUUCAUUGGAUAGAACCUCUGUUCCAGGAAGAGAAGAAGAAAGCGAACAUCACGAAGACCCUACCGUUGCAGAGUUGGGACUAGGCAUUCACAAUGAGCCUGGCCAGAAAAUCAAGAUUCCUGAAAUCACAGACCUAGUUGACCUCCUCUUCGAGCGUUUGUUGGAUAUCAAUGACAAAGAGCGCCACUACGUUAAUUUUGAAUCCGAUGGAGAUUACGUGCUUCUUGUGAAUAACAUUGGUGGUACAUCAACAUUGGAAUUGCUAGCAAUCACUCAAUAUGCUAUUGAGCGUUGUCCUUUGAAGAAAAAACCAUUGAGAGUAUUGGUCUCAGACUUUGUUACGUCGCUUAAUUCUCCCGGUUUUUCUAUCACUCUCUUGAAUGUUGAUGCAGCUUCUACAUCAGAAUUUUCAAAGAAAGAUAUCUUGGGAUUCUUGGAUGAAGAGACAGACGCUCCUGGAUGGAAACCGAAGGCGUUCAAUGCCGAUGCAUGGUCACAGCCCACCAACGAAAUCGAAUCCCCAGAAAAACACGCAACGAUUCCAAAGUCUGACUUCGAAAUAGAUGGAAAAAAAUUUAAAGGCGCUUUGGAGGCUGGCUUGAAAGCUGUGAUCGAGAAGGAACCACUUAUCACGAAGUACGACACUCAAGUUGGGGAUGGUGAUUGUGGGGAAACUUUGAAAAAUGGUGCCGAAGCUAUUUUAAAGAAGGCUGCCUGCGACAAAGAGUUUCAGGAGAACUUAAAUGAUCCUGUUGCCACAUUGAGUGUGAUAACAGAAAUUGUUGAAGACAGCAUGGGUGGUACCUCUGGAGGCAUCUACGCAAUAUACUUAACGAGCUUGGUUAAGAAUUUGCUGGAUCUGAAGAAUAUGGACAUAAAACUGGUAGCGCAAGCAUUGAAAACCGCUCUUUACGAUGGCCUUUUCAAAUACACCAAAGCCCGUCAAGGAGGGCGUACUCUUGUGGACACCUUGCAGCCAUUUGUGGAUGAGUUUGCCCAAUCUCUAGAUCUCAAGCUGCUGAUCGAGGCAGCAAAACGCGGGUGCGAAGAAACGGCGAACUUGGAAGCAAAGUUUGGACGUGCAUCCUAUGUCAGCGAGGCUGAUCUCAAGGAAGAUGGCGGUAUACCAGAUCCCGGUGCUGUGGGCCUUUUGGCAAUCAUUGAGGGAUUUUGCUCAGGAUACUGA